CCAGCCCACAUAAAUUCCAUCUGAAUUGCAGAUCUAGUGUCUCGGCUUGUGGAAUGGAGGGCGAAGACGGUUCGGAAUCGCAGCAGUCGCGCCACCCGGCCGGAACCCUGGAUCCGGCGACCCAGAAGAGGCAUGCCGCAAUGAUCGACCGCCUCGCUAACCUCCACCAGUCCCGCCUCCAGCAGUCCGCCGCCCGGAGCGCCUCUUCCGCCGCCUCACCUGCCUUCGAGUCCGUUGCCGCCUUCCUUACCCGCUUCGACGAAUCUGGACGCGCCGUGGAGGCCGAAAUCAAGCGAUGCCGCGACCUUUCCGUAGACCCGGCGUCGGCUCCUUCCCUGAAGCCCGAGCUCGAGAAAGUAGCUGCCUCCAUCGCCGACCUCGAUCGACUCGUCGCUGAGAAUUCCUACUUCCUGCCAACCUACGAGGUUCGGUCCUCCUUGAAGGCGAUUUCCGUUCUGAAAGAGGCCUUGGACGCCGCGAACUCCGAGCUAUUACCCAGGAAAAAGUUCUCUUUCAGAAAUAAAACUUCCAAGAAAGAUCCCAUUUGUUUGGUUAAAGAAAUCGAGGAAGAAAAAGGCCCCUCUUCGGACAAAAGGGUUCUUGCGGCGGUCCGGGACUCGCCGGGAUUUAGGAACAAGGAAGGCUCGAUCUUGAUCAAACAUUUCAGGGUCUCCGAGGAGGAAGAGGGUGAUUUUACACUCUCCGAUCUCAAUUGUUGCGAGAUCUAUCUCAAAGGCCGGCUUCGAGCUCUCUUCAUUCACAGGCUCACGAACUGUCGGGUCUAUGCUGGUCCUGUUCUUGGGUCGAUCUUAAUAGAAGAGGUGAAUGACUGUUUGUUGAUGCUUGCGUCGCACCAGAUCAGAAUCCACCAUGCCACAGCUACUGAUUUCUAUCUCCAGGUCAGAAGUCGGCCAAUAAUUGAGGACUGCAGUGCAGUGAGAUUUGCUCCCUACCGAUUGUUUUAUGAAGGGAUUGACACAGAGCUACGAGACUGUGGACUUGGGGAGGAAACAAGAAAUUGGGCCAAUGUGGAUGACUUCAAAUGGUUAAGAGCAGUGCAGUCUCCCAACUGGUCUCUGAUACCGGACGAAGAACUUCUAGGCACAGUCAAUGUUUCAGAUGUCAAGGAGCAAUGUGAAGACAAAUAGCUGAUUGCAACCUAAAUAUUCACGGUCACAAAGGGUAUGCUUAAUCCAGUUAUGCUCUCCUCUAUGUUCAAAAGUUAUUUGAAUGACUUAAUUAUUCUUGAAUCAGUUAUGCCAUUUAGAAUUGACAUUAAUCUUCUGUUCUAUGUUCAUACUUUGCUUCAACCAUUGUGAACUUGCAUUUUGAUUCAUUAACUUCUGAUACGUUAUCUUAA